UGAAUCUGUUCGUCUAACGUUGGUCUCGAUUUAAAUUUGAGGUGGCGGAGUCGUGAUCGGUUGUGGUGUGAAAUCGGACCGUUUGCGUCCGAUUUAGUCUAAAAACGCAUUGCAGCCUCGCUGCUUUCCAAUGACUCCGACAAACUACAAAGAACUUGCGACUCUACAAAAGGGCUGGACCACCACUUGCCACUUGCUGCACUCACUUUCCAAGUACCAUUCGCAUUCACGACAAGCUCGUCGGAUCAUCCUCAGCUAAAGCCUGCAGAGAGGGUCCACGGAUCAAACAGAACUUUAAAUAAACCCUGACCUAGGUCAACUGUCAAUCUCCGGCCCUACAAAUCAAGAAAUACUCCGAAGAAAUUUGCCCCCUCGAUUCUCUUUCCUUCUAUCACACAAGCGAUUUAGAUUGCAUAUCGUCGGUAGUUGGAUGUCAUCUCCUGAAGCGCAUGUCGGGGCUCAUCCCGAUGCCGUUCAAGGCAAUCCAAACCAAGAUGGCAGACUACACUCAAAGAUCGUCGAAAUACUUGCAUCUACCACUAAUGGCUGCCUCCAAGAGCUGGGUUACCACCCAUCCAUGAUAGAAAAGCUAAAACAACACGCACAACUCAUCAAAUCACUUCAAGAGGAGAAUUCAAAACUCUAUCAAGACAACUACCAGCUCGUCGUAGCCAUUCGAGUACUCGAAGAGCGCGUCGCACAUCAUUCGGCUAGUCCGAACUCUCAGUUGCAGCAAUUCUCAAUCAUGCAAGAGAGGAUACGUGCUCUUGAAAGCGAACGCGCUGCUCUUACUCGGAAAAACCAGGACAUCCUCAUCAGUGUCAAUAAAGGCACCUCACAUCAUCAUCUCGUCCAAGAACUCGACCGCAUGAGGACAUACACUAAUCGCGUUUGCAGAGAUAUGCAAAUUCUCCAGGACAGAUACGAUAUGGCCACACGACAUGGCGAGUCUUCUUCAGGUGCAUUAUAUCGCCCAAACUCUGUCCCUCAAAUCGCCCAGCCCAGAAUCCCUACCCCUAGCGAUCUUCAUCACCGACGGGUGUCUACCGAAGGUGCUCCCCGACUCCAACCUUCUCGUUUACCACCGCAACAAUUUCAGCAGCAUGCACAACACCCACGACCCAUACGACCACAGGUUCAACACACCCUGCCACCUCAUCAGUUGCAACAUGCCCAUCAAACACACCCUCAAAGGAGGGUUUCUGAUCAUGUUCAAAAUCCUUACCCACCUCAGCAACCCCUUCACAUGUUGCAGGGAUGGAAGCACUCGCCUUCAGCAUCCGCACCCCCAAUGUUUGAAACCAGGUCGCCCACAGAAUUUGCACAUAUGCCUUCUAUUUUAUCCCCUGUUAAUCCCAAUCGCCCUCAGCAACCGCCUUUCACCCAUCCGCAUACACUUCCGUUGCAAAAUGUCUAUCGAACUGCAUCAGCGCCACUCGUGCCUUUCAAUCUACACCCCAAUUCACAGACUACGACGUCACGUCCUGCUCUAUUUGUUGAUCUGACUAGGGAAGACGAAAGAAUUACAGAGCAGGCCAGAGGUGGGAUGCCUGAUUACCCUAGCGGUCUAAAACGCACGAAUUCUGUCCUGGAUGAUUCAAUGGAGCAGGAUAUCGAGUUGAUCAAGAGACAGAGGACCGCAGAGCCCACUCAGUCGCCUGAGGAUGUGAUCGCCAACGUGAAUCCUGAGCCAAUACAAUCUUCUCCGGACACUGUAGUCGGUUCAAAUCCGACCUCACCAGUCUCGCUUCCUGCGCCACUUCAAGAAAAUACAGACACGACCUCAACAGGCCAAGUGGACGUUGCGAACGACGAGGCUUCGAUUGCAUUCACGCCUUCAGACACUGCAGUUGGUUCCAACCCAACUUCGCCAAGCUCCGUCAUACCGUCGCCUGCUCAAGACAGGAUCCCUGGCCCAUCGAGUGGGGAUAAUUUGCGAUCCGUUGAAGAAUGUGUCUACAUGAUCUACGAGGCAGAUGCUGAAGUAGUUGAUGGUUAUUUCUGUGGCAGAUGCCUUGAUCGCUAUGAUAUGGGUAUGAUACCCGAACAACCGGAUGUGUUAGUGAUACCAAAGUUUGAAGAUCUCUUUAUGCAUUGUACGCAAGAACACCCUACGAUCUGGGAGGACCUACGCCAUAGGAGAGACCUUGAGGCACUAGCCCCACCACCACCAUCCUCGUGACUUUUCUUCCUUCAUCUUUUAUGUCCCUACGCUAGUACGUCUUACGCAUAUUAUUAUCUUAUGUCCAAUGGAAUCGUGAUAAUUUUAUAUUAUGCACAUGACGAAAUGUCAGCCAUACCAUGUACACAAUUUGAUUUGAAUUCUAACUGCCCAUGACACGAAUCAGUUCAACA